AUGGAAGAAGCUGUAGCUUCCUGGAAAGAUGCUGGACUUUUGUUAAAGUUCUCUUGUUUUCCUCUCACUCUUUAUGCCUCAUAUUCUGUUUUUGCCUUCAUUUUUUUCUCCUUUCUAUCAUCUGCUUCACAAAACAUUCAUGUUUACUCCUUUCUUUCUCUUUUUUUAAUUCCUUUUUCUCUUUUUUUUCUCUUUCUCUCUUGCUCCUCUUUUUACUUUCUCCUUUUUUUUUCUCUCUCCUUUUUUUCUCUUUUUCCACUUUUUGCUGCUUUAUCUCUUUUCCUCCUUUUUUCUUUUCUUGCUCCUUUUUUUUUCUCUUUAUUCUCCCUCUUUCGCUCCUCUCUAUCUUCCCUCCCUCUUUCGCACCUCUCUAUCUUCCCUCCCUCUUUCGCACCUCUCUAUCUUCCCUCCCUCUUUCGCACCUCUCUAUCUUCCCUCCCUCUCUUCCUUUCCUCUCUAUCUUCCCCUCCCUCUUUCCUCUCUAUCUUCCCUCCCUCUUUCGCUCCUCUCUAUCUUCCCUCCCUCUUCCUUUCUCUCUAUCUUCCCUCCCUCUUUCUUUUCCUCUCUAUCUUCCCUCCCUCUUUCCCUUUCCUCUCUAUCUUCCCUCCCUCUUUUCGCUUUCCUCUCUAUCUUCCCUCCCUCUUCCUUUCCUCUCUAUCUUCCCUCCCUCUUUCGCUUUCCUCUCUAUCUUCCCUCCCUCUUUCGCUUUCCUCUCUAUCUUCCCUCCCUCUUUCGCUUUCCUCUCUAUCUUCCCUCCCUCUUUCGCUUUCCUCUCUAUCUUCCCUCCCUCUUUCGCUUUCCUCUCUAUCUUCCCUCUUCUCUUUCCUCUCUAUCUUCCCUCCCUCUUUAUCUUUCCUCUCUAUCUUCCCUCCCUCUUUCCUUUCCUCUCUAUCUUCCCUCCCUCUUUCUUUUCCUCUCUAUCUUCCCUCCCUCUUUACUUUCCUCUCUAUCUUCCCUCCUCUUUCGCUUUCUCUAUCUUCCCUCCCUCUUCCUUUCCUCUCUCUCUUCUCUCCCUCUUCCUUUCCUCUCUCUCUUCCCUUUCCUCUUCUCUCUUCUCUCUCUCUCUCUCUCCUUUCCUUUCCUCUCUCUCUUCCCUCCCUUUUGGCUUUCCUCUCUCUCUUCCUCCCUCUUCUCUCUUUCUCUCUCUCUCUCUCCUCCCUUUUUCUCUUUCUCUCUCUCUCUUCCCUCCCUCCCCAGCUUUCUCUCUCUAUCUUCCCUCUCUCUUUGGCUUUCUCUCUCUCUCUCUCCCUCUUCUCUCUCUCUCUCUAUCUUCUCUCCCUCUUCUCUCUCCCGUUCUCUCUCUUCCCUCCCUCUCUCUCUUUCUCUCUCUCUCUCUCUCUCUCUCUCUCUCUCUCUCUCCCUCUCUCUCCCUCUCUAGCUUCUCUCCUCUGUUUUCCUCUCUAG